UCGUGACCGCCCCAUCUGGGCUUCCGUCGCGGCUUCGUCAGCCUGUGAUGCCCAGAUCCUUGACUCUCCCCGUGAUGCUGCCCCAGCUGCUGCUGCCCCUGCUGUGGGCAGGAUCCCUGGCUCAGGAGGAGAGUUAUUGGUUGCGCCUGCAGGAGCGAGUGACGGUGCAGGAGGGCCAGUGCGUCCUCCUGCCCUGCGUAGGCGGCUACCCUGGGCCACGUUACACUGCGGGAAGCACAGUCUAUGGCUCCUGGUUCAAGAAAAGGGGAAUGUCCUGGAAUACAGUGGCCACAAACCGCCUGGGUCAGAAGGUGACCCGGGGGCGAUUCCACCUGCUGUGGGACCCCCGGACCUACAACUGCUCCCUGGACAUCAGAGACGCGCGCAGAGAGGACACGGGGACCUACUACUUCAGGGUGGAGACACAGAGUUCUGUGUUAUAUGAUUUUAUGAACCACCAGCUCUCUGUACUGGUGACAGCGCUGACCCACAGGCCGGACAUCCACCUCCAGCAGCCCCUCCAGUCUGGCCGGCCCAGCAACAUCACCUGUGCGGCGCCCUGGGCCUGUGAGAGGGGGACACCCCCCACCUUCUCCUGGACGGGGGUCGGCCUCAGCGCCACAAGCACCGACUCCCCGGUGCUCACCCUCAGCCCGGGGCCCCAGCACCACGGCUCCAACCUCACCUGCCGGGUGACCUUCCCUGCAGCGGGCGUGAGCACAGAGACCACCGUCCGGCUCAGCGUGGCCUAUGCGCCCCAGAACCUGACCAUCCAGGUGAUCAGGGAAGAAGGCUCAGGACCUGAAGCCCUGGGCAACGGCUCCUCUCUCCCGGUGCAGGAGGGCCAGUCUCUGCGCCUGGCCUGUGUGGUCCACAGCAGCCCUCCCGCCAGGCUGAGCUGGUUCCGGGGGACCCUGAGCGUUAAGUCCUCUCCAAGUCUCAACCUCGGUGUGGGAGGAACGUGGGAGCACCCCCAGACCCUGGAGCUGGAGCUGGCCAAGGUGCACCUGGAGGACCACGGGAAACUCCUCUGCGACGCUCAGAACCCCCUGGGCUCCCAGGAGGCCUCCCUGAGUCUCUUUGUGGAGAGUCCACAAGGAGCCAGGACAUGGGUGGUUCUGGGGGCCAUUGGGGGAGCAGGAGUCUCCGCCCUGCUUGUGCUCUGCCUGGUCUUCUUCAUAGUGAGGAGCUGCAGGAAGAAAGGGAUGGAGGCAGCAGAGAGCAGGCCGGGCCCCCAGGCCGCAGGGAGAACCCCCGGGGGUCACCAGGGCGGAUCCUGGGCUGACAGUCCCCCUCACCUCCAGGGCCUGGCGGUGUCUCCCUCAGAGGAGGAGCAGGAGCUGCAUUAUGCCAACCUCGGGCUCCCCAAGGCGAACCCCAGGGCCUUUCUGGUCCAGGAGGCCUCCGAGUACGCCCAGGUCAAUGUCAAACGUGGAGCCACCCUCCCCUGUUCCCCUCCUGAUGCUGGAGGCCCAAAAAGGCCUCUCUGAGGACAGUGGGUCCUGCGCUCCCUGCAGAGCUGCCGCCUCAGCGAGGUCAGAAAGGCGAGCUCGGGGCUCCUGGGACAGAUGGAGCCGGAGCUCCCGGGUCACGCCCAGCCCAGCCGCUUAGACACGCGUCCCCGUCACUCUCCGGCCUCAGCUCCCUCCGCUGUGAAGUGGGUGCAUGUGCACAAGGCGGGAAAUGCACCCCGUGUUGCUGACUGGGCAGCUCCCCCCUCCCCCGCAGCCCUUCUGCUUGGCUAUUUGAGGAACUUGCUAUUUCACAAUAUGUUCUAUUUCUAUUUUGUGUGUGUGCGCUUAGAUGUGGGGUGUAGGCCAGAGGUGGGGGGAGCGGCGGUGAGAGAACUGACCAGAGACAGAAUUUGGAGCAGAACAGGCGGAUCCACUGAAAUACGCUGCUGAGGGGAGCAGCAGAGACACAGGAGAGGUCUGCUGAGCCAUGUGGGUCAGCUGCUUGGCUGGGGAUCAAACGCAGGCCCAGGCCGACUCGGUGGGCCUUCCUGGGGUAGCACUGAGCCUUUCACCCAGAAGCCAUCUCUUUCUCAAUGGAACGCUCUGCGGGAGAACAGUUUCCUUCCUCAUCCAUGGAAACACGCCCAUAAAGCCCCUGGCUCGGCUCUGAGAGCACCCCAGUAUCUAAAGGACAGAAGUAGGGGUGAGAUCACCAGUGUUGAGGAUGUCAUUAAGUGAGGUGAGUCUCCCAGGCAGGCCAGCGCCCCAUGGGGCACCACAGGAGGCCACAAAGAAAUCAGCCCUUAGAGCCGGGGCCAGAGCGGACCCGGGAGGGGACAGGAAGCUGCUCGGGGAGGUUCAGCCUUUCAGUUUUGCAAAAUGAAAAACUUCCGGAAUCAGGGGGGUGACCGUGGGCCUCUGGUUACCCCAAAAACACAUACUGGAAAAUGCCGAGGUGGUAAAGGUUGUUAGAUUUCCCCCCUAAUUAAGCAAAGCAACAGCUGGGGGUGACCAGGGCUGGGCCGGGCGCCGGGCGGGAGUCACAGUUCCCGGGCAGAGACCCAGGGGAGGACGUUGAGAAGGUCUCGAGACGGCGGAGGGGUGACGGCGGGACCAGACGUGCUGGGUCUGCAGGGACACGUCAGCGUGCUCAGUGCCGGCUGCUCGCGUCUCAGCACCCCAAAAUGUUUCCUGCGAGAGAGCAAGUGUGCGUGCGGAUGGGGACCGGCUCGCGGAGCUGCCAAACCGCGUGGAAACAUGUGGGGGCUGCGGGGACGCGGAGACAGUUACCCCAGGCCGAGCGGUCACGCUCCCCGGCCCUUGAGCACGACAAGAGGGAAGGGACAAGGUGUUGGGGUGAACGUCUUCCGGCCCCACGCGCACCCCAAGGCUCAGGCUCACACUCCCCACGCGACGUGCCUUGUGUGUCUGUCACAGACCAUCAGAUCCAUUUCCUGCAGACUCUCAGCCCCGGGCUCCGCCGGACACUCUGUCUGGCCUGUGUCCUCACACCCCGGCCAUGGACACGGCCCCGACCUGGCCUGGACCCCAGUCUCAGCCCUCAGCCCCGUGUCUCUGGCUGCUCCUCCACAACCACUGAGGGGGCCAUUCCUGAAUGGGGGAGUCAGCUCCUCCUCCCAUCCCCCAGGGCUGGGAGCUCCCCUGGCCAAGGUGCAACACCCCAUGGCCAGGAUAGGAUGCUCAGGACCCAAGGCCAGCGUGAGCUGCUUCAGCCCUUCCCGGGAUGCUGGGAGAAUUGCAGAACCUGAUAAAAGCGAAAAUUAUUGUAUAUAAAUUUAAAGUAACUAAAAACACUAUUUUAACAUUUAAAUUACAUCUAUAAAAUUAAUUACAAUAUA